UGUACGAUAGGAGGGUUCCUUCGAUGAGUUGUUCUGCAAGAAGGGAGCUUGCGGUAUGGAUGGUCAAAGGUCAACCUGUCUGACACAACAAUCCAAUAACACAUCAGCAACUAAUAUAAUCCAUCGGAAUAAUACAUUCCAGCGGGUAAUAACUGUGCAUUUUUUUAAAAACAUUUUUCAAUAUUUUUUAUCAUUUCCCUUUUGACAUAAAGAGCAGUUUACUGUCAGCUAAAACAUUUUAGUCUAACAAAAAACCUGUUUUCUUUUUGACGAACCUAUAUGUGGUUUUUUACAUGGACAUGAUGCAAAUGAAAUUGGGUCCUUAACAGCACACUUUGGACUGAUUAAUUUAUUAUUCAAAAAUACUGUCAUUAAGCGUCCAAUUGUCUAAAUCCCUCUUACAAUGUGAAGGUUUUCUCUCUCUUUUUCUGGAUUUGCUAUUUUUGGUGACAUGGUUCUGUACAUAAAGUACAGAUGUCAUUUCCUUUGUUGUCAUGGAAAUGGUUACAAAAAAAUCUUUCAAGUCAGCCUUCCAAAUAACCUUCCAACUACACACAAAAUUCGAAUUUUACACAAGGACUUUUGAAACACUUUAGAUUAAGGAAGUGGCCAGCCUUUCAGCCACUGUUCUGACGGAGGCUGGGCACUCAAUAGGCAAUGUCUAGAAUCACAGCUGUGUCCAUGGCGACUCACUAUGCGAUCAUUUGUCACACUGUUUGCCUGCAAGAAUACAAAGAAGUCAACACAUGAGGCACAGCUUCAUUUUGGGUGCCAAGCAUCCCUCAGAUGUGAAAAAUGCCACUGGCUCACACCGCCGGGAUCAAUUGGUAACUGGCUGCUGGCAAGGUUACCUGCCACACCUUCCCUCAAAAGACAUUUCAUUAAACAUAUCCCAAACCUGUCUGUUGAGUGAAUGGCAAGGAGGAGAGAACUUAUUAAUGUUAAAAGCAUUCACAAGACAACCAGAGAUACACGCAGUGCCUAUCAGUAUUGGUCUUCCAAGUCCGCCAAUAUAUUAUCAUUAUCCCUGCACAUCCAGCUCACAAUAUCUGAACAUGCCUGAAACCAUCUGCGUUCCCUGGGGAGUAUACUACACUAUAGCCCAAUGCUUUGUGUCAAGCGCAAGCGCCUAAACAUAAUAACUAUAUUUACCCUCACGGGUAUCCAACUCCUGGGUGGAGGGAGGCACGUAAGGGGUAAAGUGACUUGGGCAUGGUCACAGCAUGUGACCCUCUGCCGGGAUUCAAACCUAAACCAUAUGAUCAGAAGCUACAACUUAACAACUAGGCUACAUGUGCCCCACGUCUCCAUCAAACACUGCUGAGUGAGGCAAGCAAAAGGCAAAAAGUUACCAAGCUGGUUUUCAUAGUACUUUCUUCCAUGUCAUGUAGCCAUUAACUGCGUUCCUCACAGUAAACAAGGGAGAAUUGAGGGUCACAUUUAAAGUUCAAUCUUUAGCACAGGAGUUGUAAUCAAUUUGACAGCUUUUGGGCUAGAAUUUGGUGUUGAUUCUGUUUCAUCACAUUAGCCAAUAAAUAACUGCAUUCUCUGUUAUCAAUUGGAGGCUAAAAGUGCACCUUUUCCUUAUAUUCUGAAAGUUAUCACAACGACAUGAAACUUGGUUUCACCUAAAUUAUUUUAUUUCCUGAUGUCUGCAUGCCUCUCCACAGCACUACCAUACAAAUCCCAGACGAUAUUUUCCUCUGAGCAUGCCCAUCCCCAACCCAUCAUAAACAAGCCCAGCUUCAGGCUCAUUUAACUGAUCUUUGAUGAUGUUUACUACCCUGGACACAGCUACCAUCCCAAUGCCAACUACAACUACAGUUUGGACAAUUUCCAAGUAAAAAACCAACCAGUUGAACCAGUCCACUGGCAUGCUUGCUGAGUCAAGCACAAACACAACUUGGCAAAAAGACAGGGUUCGUGGACUCUAGCAGAGAGGAAGGAAAUCAGACGAACUUCCUAUAUGACAUUACACUGAAGCACACAGUACACAAAAAUCCCCAACUAACCCAGUUCAUGACACUUGAUGUUUCUGCAUUCAUCCAGGGUUAUUUUUAUGGGAUUCAUUCUUUCAAAACCUGACUGUACCCUUGACAUCCACGUGAAAGCUCCUAACAAAUUUAUGUAGUUUGCCUGCCUAUUCCCGGUGCUUAUUCAACAGUCUGUGCCUGACUAAAUUUCCUGGGACUUCAAAUCAGGUGAGAAAAUGCUUGCAGUUAUUUCGGUGAGGUUUCGAGGCUAGGAAAUAUUUGUGAAAUGAUGGAAUUCAUAGACUCCACUUAUUAGGAGCAAAUGAAAGACAAAAUGUUACAGUGUGCAGAGGAGUGAUAGGGCUACGCAAACCUGCAAAUAACCACUCAUGAAGGAGACCCAAAAAAAUUGGGAUGAAAAACAGUUGUCAUUUUAACUGGAAAAUAUUUGUCUGAAGAGAAUAAGCAAUACAAUGAAUGUGUGUUCACUUACAAUUGCACCUGUACAAUGUAAUUAUGGGCUCAUUUCCUUUUCAAAUCUUAUUUGUGUGCAGAUAACAAUGGCAAAUGGUUUCAAUAAGAUCAGUCAGCACUUCACAUGUGAUAUUUGUCAAGACAGAUACAAACAGCCAAAGAUCCUAGACUGUGUGCACAGCUUUUGCCAGGCAUGUCUGGAGGAAUACUACACUGGCCGGUACAAAGACGCUCCUAAGAUUCCUUGCCCUGUAUGUCAACAUGAAACAAUUCUACCAGAUACACGUAUUCAAGGCCUGAAAACCAAUUUCCAUUUGAUGGGAAUAAUUGAAGAUGUCUCUAAGGAGGAGACAGUGGCACAUUCAGGAGACGAGUCUAAAUGUCACAAACACAAAGGAGAAGAGAAAUGGUUCUACUGUGAGACGUGUCAAGAGUUAAUCUGCCGAGCAUGCACAGUUUUAGACCACUGUAAACCAAACCAUCAAUACAUUGACCGUGGGAAAGCUUCUCUUAAAUACAAGCAGUCACUGAAAGAUGUAUUUCUAGAUUUCAACACGGAUAUAAAAGGACUGGAACAAUCUUUGGCUGCUUCAUCUGCAGCUCAGCAGAAGUUUACAAAGAAAGUCAACAAAACUAUUAAAGCAGUGCAGGAAAGAGCAGCUAAACUGAGGGCUGAGAUAACAACUCAGGAGAAGACACUGCUGAAUAAGAUCGAUCAAAUUCAGCAGGACGGCAACAGAGUGUAUGAUGAGCAUCAGAAAUCGAUAAGCACAAUGCUAGAAGGAAAACAACACAUGCUAGAGAUGGCCAAAGAUGUCACCAAUACCCCAUCAGAGUGUGACUUUCUGUCCCUCUAUCCUAUCAUCACUGACGACUUCAAAUAUCUGAAGAGUAAAACUCCUCCCCGGUCUGAUAUCGAGCUAUCAUGUCCAAGCUUCACUCCGGGUCAGUGGACUGGCGCCAUCUCUUUGGGCAAGCUGGAGGAAGACAAGUGGGAGAUGUGUUGUGGGUUUGGCAAACGGGGAAAAGGUCCAGGAGCGUUUGAUGGGGCUUGGGGUAUCACUGCUACUCCACCAGGUGAAAUUGCUGUGGCAGACUUUUCAAACAAGAGAGUGGUGAUCUGUAGCAAUGAGGGACAGCCCAAGGAGAGCAUUCCCUUACAAUCAUAUCCACGUGACAUCGCAGCUAUCCACAAUCUUGACAAUCAGUUGGUGGUUGUAGAUGACACCAAGUAUGUCAAGGUGUUCGAUAAGAAGAACAAGCUGGCCUUCCAGUUCCCCACAGUGCCACAGAGUGAGGUUGACAAGACAGAAGUGAACCUCUGGAGUGUAGCAGUCAGGAAGGAUGGCACCAUCCUAGUGGGUGAUGUGGAGAGGAUGGUGUGGACGGAGCAUAGACCCACUGAUGGUCAGCUCCUACACACCGUACCAGUGCAGACUCCACCUUAUUUCUUGGCUGUUGAUCACUGCACUGAGAGAGUUGUCGUCUGUGGAGUAGGCAAACAGAAAGUGGAUGUUGCUGCUAGCGAUGGUGAAACACGGUCCAUAAUCGAGCCAACCAUUGAUGGGAAACCAGCACGGUGCUGUCGUGGAGUGUGCUGCGAUGGCUCAGGAAUUUACAUUACAGUGUGCAAUGAGCUUGGCACUGGCCAUAUUCACCACUAUGACCUAGACGGUGUUUUUCUUUCUUGCUUGGUUCAAUAUCUGCGGACCCCAUGUGGAAUCACAUUCACAUCAGAUGGGCAGCUGGCAAUAUCUGAGCCUUACUCUGUCAAGAUGUACCAGAGGGAGAGUUUUGUCAUCUGACAUGACACCAACCAGCAAUGUCCUUCUUCAUCAGCACCCAAUAGCCAACGUUGAUGAUGAAACUGUCCAGCCACUGCAGCACCAAACAUGCUCUAAAUUAUUCAUCGUCUAUUUUCAAUUUCUUCAUUUAACAUUCUUUCAGAUAUGUAUGUUUGUCAAAUGUUUGUUUACAUUCUCAUGUAUAUUUGUUGCCUUCAUCUUUCUCAACUCAUUUGGUAUUUUGGCCAGCAACCUUCGUCCAUCCUCCUCUACUGCAUGUCUGCAGGAAACCAAUGCUACACGUACCGGUAGGUCAGGUUGGUGCAGUGGUUCUUUUGUCGCCUUCCACGUGCUGUGGCCUGGGUUCAAUUCCCAACUGGGUCCACAUGUAAAUUGGGUUUUUCAGUCCACACCUGAUUCCAUGGGUUUUCACCCAUAGUAUUCUCCAGGGGAUUUCCUCCCAUCUCUAAAACUAUAAAUGCUUCCCACUGUCUCCUCUCGACAGAUUUGGGCCGUUUGGUGGCAGCCUGAUGAGGAGCCCUUAUGCAUGCUUUUGACUCACAUUGUAAAUCUGAAAAAGAUCCAUCAAAAGCACUGUUGUGCAAUGCGCAGGGUUUACCCUCAUGUAAAAAAAAAGACAAAAAAGCUGCAUUCUUGCCAUUAAAAACUUUCACAGAACAUCAAGCCCUGCUAGUAUAAUAGUGGAUAAGUUCUAUUUUUGUUAGUCCUGGAAAAUCCUUCCAAAACUCUUAGUGGAUUUUGAAGGAUCUGUGAGGGUUAACUUUUAUUUGCUCUGGGAUUUUUUGUAGUUACUUUUUCUUUUUUUGGCUUAAAGGUUUUCACAUUGAAUGAAACAGUGAAUAUAAGGUUUAGAAAAGUUAACUCAUCAAACUAUUUUUCAAAGACGAGAGACAAUGUUUAAUAUGUUACAUAUUUGUGUAGUGUGUCUAUAAUAAGUCAUAAAUCAUCUUACAAUAUUUAACCGUAAAUUGAACACUAAACUACGUGUCCUUGCAUUUGUACAGUUUACAUCCUUCAUCUAUGUCUUGUUAUUUUGUCAAGUCUUACUGUAGAAAUAUGUGAACGUUUUCAAGAUGGCAGCUGUUACAAAAGUUACAAUGUGAGCCACUUAAGACACCUUUAAUCCCAUUAUCCUUCAGACAUGGCUCAUUUUCGGGAAUUUGUUCCAAAAGUGACCUUCUUGAUUUGAUUUUACGUAUAACUGUUAGAGUCUUUGAAGCACUUUCAAGAUCACUUUAUCCUUCCAAUAUAACAUCCUUACAAGCUGAAUGGCUGCUUACCAUGUGUCACUCAUUCACUUCGCUUGUAAGUAUCAUGCAUAUUCAUUAGUAUUUAAAAGUGACUGAAAUGUACCAGUAUUUACUCUAGCUGUUGUUGACUUUGACAUUUUGGCUGCUUGCAUUUAUCAUGACAUAAAUGGCUUUGAAAGUGUACGCACUUUUUCAAACUACUUGAUACAUGUACAUGUGUGUUAGUAAAAUUGAUACACCAAAAACUUCACAGAGAAAAGGCUGCAAAUAAUCCUACAAACAAAAAAGAACCAAUUUAGUUGAAAUUUAAUGACUAAUAUGUGGUCAAUCGUACACAUGGCCUUUAGAUUUGACCAGCAUGGUCAUUUGAUUGUAGAAUGACCAGUAGACUUACCUCAAGUACUUCUUGAUUCUCAAUGACUCCAGGUCUUGCUACAAUUUGACUCUCUCGUCUUGGACUCUUCCCAGCUGAAAAAUCCAGAGUUUAAAGAUUACUGCUUCUGACUUAACAAACAGCCAUAUUUGAAUUUGAAAUUGAAAAAGUGGUAAAUAAAAACAAACAACUGCAUGCCUUUGGUGGAAAUGUAAAGUGUGUACAUGUCGUGUAAAAAAACUCCUGUAUUGAGCCCCAUCUUCAUUUCAAUACAAAAUAGCAGACUUACAGGUAUGACACAGACUCAUCAAUUUGUCUUAAUACUGUACACAAAACAGUCUUUGUUUUAUUUCUAUUGAACAUCAAAAGUGUAACCAAUACUCAUGUUUUAUUUCAAGUUCCAAGAGUAAAGAAGACAUUUUUCUUGCUUUUGGAUAUGCGGCUUUUCACAAGGGAUGGAUUACAUUGGCAUCACCAGCUGGGGGGGGAGGCUGGGCCAACUUGCCCCUCGGCAACAUUUGGCUCUUUUCCAGGAAAUGACAGGGCCAAGUGAAACUACAACAAUGAGGUCAAAGACCUCAUCAUCCCCAGGGCCCCAAGACGUUAAUCAAGAUGUUUGAUUAAAUCAAUUGAUCAACUGUAUCUGCCCUGAGCAGGACGAAGAGAGGGCACACUUUUCCUAUGUGUGUAGCAACAGGGCUCCUUUUGUAUGAACUGUACUUUGCUAGUUUAUACAAAUGACUAUAAAAUGCACAUAUUACGGUCAACAUAACUAUCAUCAAAAUAAAAACUCUCAACCAACAUCGCUCUCUUCAGUCCAUGAAGCGGUGCUACUGCUCAAGGCAGAUAACCAUUGCUAAGUCAAAUGGUUUGGGGUUACUCUUUUCUGAGUAUAUAAUAAUGUAACUUAAGUAUCAUCAAGCAAAACUAAAAUCACAAAGAUACAAUUCAGGGCGCGAGGUACCAUCAAUAUAUCGCCAAUCAGAGCAAAUUUCUCAUAACACUUCUGAACAAUCCCAAUGAAGCUAGUUCCUAAAGAAUCUACAGUAUGACCUGGUACCCAGUACCUGGGCUUUAUUACUUCCCGAUUGAGCAGUUGAGUAAAGAACUACAAACCUCUGCUUCCUGCCAAUUUUUUAAUUACUCUAAAUUACAUAAUGAGAAAAUGUUUCCUAAAGCAUAUCAUCACAUCACUUUUUACAUGUGCAUGUACGUGUAUGUGCAUGUAAAUGUGAUCCAAACAUU